AUGCUGGCCGAAUCUAAUCUGCCCCCCAAUAUUGUCAGUGGCCUGAGAGCUGUCAGUAACUUAUUGAAGCCACCUGAGAACCAUAAUUCUAUUCACAAAACCAAAGUCAGUCCACUGGUUUCAUUAAAUGAAACCACAUCUUAUGGAUCAGAUUCUGAUGAUCUACCUUACACAGGUGAAAGACCAACAUCAUUACCAAAGCGCCUGCGGCGCAGUUUACCUCCCAAUCUAAUCCGUCGUAUGUCCACCAGCACAUGGACAACCACCACCUCAGCUACUGGGAUGCCCACACUCGAAGCAGAGCCAUCUCAUAUUCGAAGUUCCAGUUUCCGACAGACUCGCGACUGGGCUGUACCAGGUGGCAGCCCCUCAGGCAGCCGUAGUAACAGCCCUUCGCCUAGCUCCCCUGCCACUCUGGUGCUGACCAUCCCUAAGUCACGGUCCUUUUCAGUAGCCAGUACAGCACCUAACAGCAUGGGACACCAGCGAAGAACUUCAAGAAAAAAUGUCAUGCCCCCGUCAUCCGCCUCCUUGGACUAUCCAAGCCUUAGUCCGACAAAGCAUGAGAGCACAAAUAUAGUGUCAUCAAAGUCCGAGGCAAACACAGACAGCACUGAUGCCAGUAAGGUAAGCAUCAGUAAAGACUCUCAACCUGUACCUUUGCGUAGGUUGGGCAACAUCACUUCUGACUAUGAGAGCAGUGACUCUCCCAGCAGCAGUGAUCACAGUGAUAAUGUCAUGACUCUAGAGGAGCUCUCUGCUUCCCCACCCACAAAAACGGGAUGUCGUCUAGAACCUAGCAGUAACACACCUAACAACCACCACAUUGCAGCUCUUGAAGAGAAAAGCCAAGAACAAGAUUUCCAAAGUGAAAAUGAAGCUGCAUUGAAGUUCACCCUUAAAAAACCACCUGACGUCACAGACUUUCCUUAUAAUCCUGAAGAUGUUGAGAAAUGUCCCCAACUUUGUAUAGAAAAAUUGAAUGAAUGGGAUUAUGAAAUAUUUGAACUGGCUAAAGUUUCUGGUAAUUUCAUCCUUAGUCAGGUUGCCUACAAACUUUUUAUGGAGGUGGGACUUUUUGAAACUUUCCGCAUUCCACUGAAAGAAUUCAUCUGUUACUUCCAUGCAUUGGAACUGGGAUAUCGGAACAAACCAUAUCACAACAGAGUUCAUGCCACUGAUGUAUUACAUGGUGUCUAUUACUUAACCACACAACGCAUCCCUGGCUUUCAGCAGUGCUCUAUAGAUCUAUUUAAUAGACAUGGCUCCUCCAGUGAAUCAGAAUCGGAUUCUACCGACAAAUGUGGGCAUACCCAUCGAGCACGGAAUGACCUUGAUGAUAGCUACGGCAUCAUGGGAGCCAAUUUUCCUGCACUCGAGUUGAUGGCCCUUUAUACUGCUGCUGCUAUGCAUGACUAUGAUCAUCCCGGUCGGACCAAUGCAUUUUUGGUAGCUACGCAUGCACCUCAGGCUGUCAUGUACAAUGACCGUUCCGUACUAGAGAAUUAUCAUGCAGCGUCUGCUUGGGGUCUCUUAUUACAAGAUGAGAGGUACAACUUUCUCUGUGGGUUAGACAAAGCAGAGUUCAAAAGAUUCCGGUUUUUAGUCAUUGAAGCUAUUUUGGCCACAGAUUUGAAGAGACAUUUUGAAAUUCUUGCUCUAUUUAAUGCUAAGGGUGAUGAAGAGGCCAGAUUAGGUAUGCCUAUCUCUCCCUAUAUGGACAGGUGUAAUGGUCAACUGGCUAAACUGCAAGAAUCCUUCAUUAAUCACUUGGUCGCUCCUCUCUGCAAUAGCAUGGUAUCUGCCGGUCUUGUCCCAGGGACAUGGACUGAUUUGGAAGAGGAAGGUGGUCCAGUGAUAGCUAAAAAGACAAAGACUAGAAAAGUGAAUUGUAUUCUCACCAAAAACCUUAAGGAGAAUUAUGAAAUGUGGGUAAGCAAAAUAAAGGAAGAAGAAAAGUUAAAUGCACUUCCUACUGCUGAAGAAGAGGAGGAGGAAUUAGAGGAAGAAGACACGGAUCAUUCUUUUUCUUCUUUUUUCUUUUCUUUUUUCUUUCUUUCUUUUCUUUUUUUCUUUUCUUUUUUCUUUCUUUCUUCUUUCUUUUUUUUCUCUUCUUUUUCUUUUUUUUCUCUUCUUUUUCUUUUUUUUCUCUUCUUUUUCUUUUUUCUUUUUCUUUUUUUUCUCUUCUUUUCUCUUCUUUUUUUUUUUUCUUCUUUUUUCUUUCUUCUUUUUUUUUUUUUUUUUUUUUUUUUUUUUUUUUUUUUUCUUUUUUUUUUUUUUCUUUUUUUUUUUUUCUUUUUUUUUUUUUUCUUUUUUUUUUUUUUUUUCUUUUCUUUUUCUUUCUUUUAUCUACUAUGA